CACUUAGAAUUUAACCUAAUAUUAAGCUUUUGUUCAUUAAUUAAUUCAGUCAGAAAUAUACUUAAAUCUGUUAGCUGCAAAGCACAGUACUGUGCAAGAGGGUGCAAGAGAGAGUAAGACACUCUGGAGCUUUGGGGGGGGCAGAUAGUGUAUUAGUUAUCUACUGCAGCAUAACAAAUGACCCAAAAACUUAGAGGCUAAAGCAGCACACAUCAAUUAUCUCACACUUUCUGUGGGUCAGCAUUUAGUUCCUAGUGGGCCUUGCCGGCUGUUGACUGGAGGCUAGCCUCAGUUCUUUGACAUGUGGGCCUCCCCAACAUGACAGCUGGCUUCAGACAGAGAGAGUCUGUUAGCAAGACUGCUCACAGUCUUUGAUAACCUAAUCAGGGAAGUGACAUCUUUUUGCUUUUUAAAUUUUAUUUUUAAAAUUACAAUGCAGUAAAUUAUCCCUUUUUGCUAAAUUCUAUUUUUAGAAGCAAGCCACUAGGUUCAGCCCACACACAAGGGGAGGGGAUUGCAUAAAGGUGUGACAACCAGGAGGCAUGGAUUAUUGGGGGCCAUCUUAGAAGUCUGUCUACCAUGGAUAUCAGAGAACUAUUUAAUUUCAAUUGUGAAAGGAUUCCAGGAAAGAAGUGCUAUUAGAUUGUAUAACAAGGUGUGUAAACUGCUAUGGAGUCAAGAAAGAGCUUCAUUGAAGAGGCGGUUUGGGCUGAAUGUUAAAGGAUGAACAAGACUUGACUAGGUGGAGGGAAGAGUGGGAGGAAAUGGCCAUAUGAAUACCCUGAAGCAGGAGAGUGCCAGGAAAGCCAGGGACAUUAUAUGGGCCUAAGGAGAUUUGGCAAGGGCCAGGUCCUGUAUGGCUUUAUGGACUUUGGUCUAUUUUAAGAGCUGUCCCAAGAUUCACCCAAAAUGUGUGUGAUUUUUUGCAGUCUAAUUUUUUUUUCUAAUUUUGCAAUUGAAAACAGUGAUGAGAUUCCUGGAAUUUACUUUGAACAAAUGCAUUAUAAAAUUAAUAAAUAUAUGAGUGCCUGUUAUGUUCAGGAUAUGGUGCCUGACAUUGAGGCAGACAGAUUCUUGCUUUUAAUGAAGGACAUAAAUAAUACAAGGCUAAUGUGAUAAAUCAGAUCUAAGGUAUAUGUAAGGGUGAUUUUUAACAAUUUGAGAAGGAAGGGGAGAUUGCAGCAGGUAGGGCUGGUCUAGGAAGGGUUCUUAGAGGGACGAUAUGAUUUGGGGCUUUAAGAAGUGGUUAUGUUAGCCAGGCAUAAAAGGAUGGUUUUGUUCAGAAAGUUCAGGGAAGGUGAGUACCUUCCCUGGGAGGAGUGAGUAGAUCUUAAUUUCAAUGCCAGAUUGAUGAGUGUUUGCCGCUUUUUGGUGUAAAACUUUUAGUCUUUAAUUACCAAUGACAUGCCUUAUCUUUCCCUUCUUAUCAGUGAAGCUAUUAAGUACCUCACAGAAGCUCUUCAAUCCGUCAAUGAACUAGAGCUUGAAGAUAAACUGGAAAAGAUUAUCGAUGCAGUUGAAAAGCAACCCUUGUCAUCAAACAUGAUUGAACGAUCUGUAGUAGAAGCAGCAGUCCAGGAAUGCAGUCAGUCAGUUGAUGAAACUAUAGAACAUGUUUUCAAUAUCAUAGGAGCAUUUGAUAUUCCACGCUUUGUGUACAAUUCAGAAAGAAAAAAAUUUCUUCCUCUGUUAAUGACCAACCACCCAGCACCAAAUUUAUUUGGAACAGCAAGAGAUAAAGCAGAGCUGUUUCGUGAACGAUACACCAUUUUGCACCAGAGGACUCACAGGCAUGAAUUAUUUACUCCUCCAGUGAUAGGCUCUCACCCUGAAGAAAGCGGAAGCAAAUUCCAGCUUAAAACAAUAGAAACCUUAUUGGGUAGUACAACCAAAAUUGGAGAUGUGAUUAUUCUUGGAAUGAUAACCCAGUUAAAAGAGGGAAAAUUUUUUCUGGAAGAUCCUACUGGAACGGUACAACUAGAUCUUAGUAAAGCUCAGUUCCAUAGUGGGUUAUACACAGAGGCAUGCUUUGUCUUAGCAGAAGGCUGGUUUGAAGAUCAAGUGUUUCAUGUCAAUGCCUUUGGAUUUCCACCCACUGAGCCCUCCAGUACUACGAGGGCAUACUAUGGAAAUACUAAUUUUUUUGGAGGGCCUUCUAAUACAUCUGUGAAGACUUCUGCAAAACUAAAACAACUGGAAGAGGAGAAUAAAGAUGCUAUGUUUGUGUUUAUAUCUGAUGUUUGGUUGGACCAGGUAGAAGUAUUGGAAAAACUUCACACAAUGUUUUCUGGCUAUUCACCAGCACCUCCCACCUGCUUUAUUCUGUGUGGCAAUUUUUCAUCUGUACCAUAUGGAAAAAAUCAAGUUCAAGCUUUAAAAGAUUCUCUAAAAACUUUGGCAGACAUAAUAUGUCAAUACCCAGAUAUUCAUCAAAGUAGUCGUUUUGUGUUUGUACCUGGUCCAGAGGAUCCUGGAUUUGGUUCUAUCUUACCAAGGCCACCACUUGCUGAAAGCAUCACUAAUGAAUUCAGACAAAGGGUACCAUUUUCAGUUUUUACUACUAAUCCUUGCAGAAUUCAGUAUUGUACACAAGAAAUUAUUGUCUUUCGUGAAGACUUAGUGAAUAAAAUGUGCAGGAACUGUGUCCGUUUUCCUAGUAGCAAUUUGGCUAUUCCUAAUCAUUUUAUAAAGACUAUUUUAUCCCAAGGACAUCUGACUCCUUUACCUCUUUAUGUCUGCCCAGUGUAUUGGGCAUAUGACUAUGCUUUGAGAGUGUAUCCUGUGCCUGAUCUACUUGUCAUUGCAGAUAAAUAUGAUCCUUUCACCAUGACUAAUACUGAAUGCCUCUGCAUAAACCCUGGUUCUUUUCCAAGAAGUGGAUUUUCAUUCAAAGUUUUUUAUCCUUCCAGUAAGACAGUAGAAGAUAGCAAACUUCAAGGCUUUUAAGAUUCUUAAAGACAAUCUGAAGAAACAAAAUUCAUCAAUUUUCUGCUUAAUUCUACAUUUUAUGUAAUUUUGACAUUAAGUUACAAUAAAAGUAUGGUAAACUUUAGAA